AUGUAUCCACAGGUUUUCACUGGCCUAGGGAAACUUAAGAAUUACAAAUUGAAAUUGCAUAUAGACCAGAAUGUCAAGCCUGUAGCCCAGCAUCGACGGAUCCCCUUCAAUCGGAGGGCAAAAGUAUGUGACAAGUUGGCUGAGUUGGAAGGCCUCGAUGUGAUUGAGCCAAUAUCUGGUCCUACCUCUUGGGUUAACCCCUUGGUGGUUGUCGAAAAGCCAAGUGGCGACAUCAGGUUGUGUCUGGACAUGAGAAGGGCCAAUGAAGCCAUUAAAAGAGAGAAGCACCCUGUACCUACGGUUGAUGAGACGCUCCAAGAGAUUUCUGGAGCAAGAGUUUUUUGUAAACUAGACUUAAACAUGGCAUUUCAUCAGAUUGAAUUGGAUGAAAGCUGUAGGGAUAUAACUACAUUUGCUGGGCCCAAUUCGUUGUAUCGGUACAAACGCCUUAAUUUUGGCAUGAAUAUGGCGACUGAGAAAUUCCAGUGUAUCAUCGGGCAAAUUCUAAAGGGUUGUCCAGGGGCAUGCAACCUGCACGAUGACAUCCGCGUGGUAGCUGAGGACUAUGCCCAGCUAUAUGAGCGAGUGGAAGUGGUUAUCAAGAGAUUGCAUGAACAUGGACUCACCUUGAAUUUCCCCAAGUGCAAUGUGGGAGACAGUAUGGUGUUCAUGGGCCACAACAUGACUUCAAAGGGUCUGAAGGUAUCUGAUGCCAAAGUGAAAGCUAUUGUGGAGGCACCUAAGCCUAAAACCAAAGCAGAACUUAGGAGCUUUCUAGGCCUAGCACAGUUUUGUGCCAGAUUUGUAGUGAAUUUUGCUAUCAUCACAAGUCCUUUGUGGGACUUAACAGGGUCUCAGGUCAAAUGGGAGUGGUUGCCUGUGCAUGACAAAGCUUUCAGAGAUGUAAAAUCUAAGUUGACUUCAAGUCCAGUAAUGGCUUACUUUAAGCAGGGUGCUAGGACCCGUGUAGUAACGGAUGCAUCACCAGUUGGUCUGGGUGCGAUUUUAGAACAACAGCAGCAUGAUGGUAGUUUCAAGCCAGUGCAUUAUGCCAGUCGAAAGUUGACUCAUGUGGAGUCUAGGUAUUCUCAAUUCGAGAGAGAGGCGCUUGGAGUCAGGUGGGCGUGCGAGAAGUUUAUCUUAUUUUUGUUAGGGGCCACGUUCGAAAUCCGGACCGACCACAAGCCUUUGUUAAGGGUUCUCAGCCCAGGAUCCAAGCCCCCCUCUGCUCGAAUUGAACGAUGGCUUUUAUUCAUGCAGCAAUUUCACUACACGGUGAAAUACAUAAAAGGGAAAGACAAUUAUGCUGAUGUGUUGAGUAGGCUGCCCAUAGAGGACUCUGGCAACGUUGAGGUUGAAACUAAGCAGACUGAAGAAUUUGCUCGUAGUGUGGUGACUGAAGCAGUGCCUGCUGCCAUCACACCCAGUGUAAUUGAGCAAGAAUCUACAAAUGAUGCAACCCUACAGGCUAUUGAAGAGUGUAUUUUGACUAGUGAUUGGUCUAAUCUGAGUCAGUCACCUUACCAUGCUGUAAAAGAUGAGUUAUGGUUGUACUGGCGUCUCGUAAUGCGUGGGGACAGGAUUGUCAUUCCGGAGAAAUUGAGAGACAAAAUGAUAAGGCUGGCACAUGAAGGACACCAGGGCAUGGUACGGACCAAAGCCCGGCUUAGAAAUAAGGCUUGGUGGCCAGGGAUCGAUAAGGAAGUCGAGUCCUUUAUCAGAGCCUGCCACCCGUGCCAAUUGGUUGGAGCACGUGCCAAACCGGAACCAAUAAAGUCCACCGCAUUACCCGACGGACCGUGGUUUGAUUUAGCAGUAGAUUUGCUGGAAGUGUGCAAUGGCGAGCAUUUGCUCGUAACCACUGACUACUAUUCCAGGUGGCCUGAGGUGGUUUUACUCAAAAAAACUGACACAGGUCAUGUGACAAGGGUUAUGGAUGCAAUGUUUCAAACGGAUGGCCUCCCAUUUUCUGUUAGAAGUGAUAAUGGACCUCCUUUUAACGCUGCAGGUUUCGAUGCGUUUCUGGAGUACCUUGGAAUUGAACACAAAACCAGCGUGCCAUACUGGCCCCAAAGCAACGGCAACGUUGAACGGUUCAAUGAAACCUUGCUAAAAUGCAUUAGAAUUGCCAAACUUGAGAAGAAAGAUUGGAAAAAGGAAGUAGAAAAUUUCCUUUUCCAAUAUAAGAACACCCCCCAUGUUGCUACUGGAGUAUCCCCAGCCCAAGCACUGAUGGGUAGAGAGUUAACCCUUAAACCGCCAGAGGCGACGAUCGUUGAAACAUAG